GAUAACCACUCCCGUAUUAUAUAGCUCUCGUCCGCAUUCCCACUUGGCAUCCAAAUUAUGGUUAGCUAUAUCAAUCUGUUCAUGAAUAAGACUGAGUUUGUUGUUGGUCAUCUGUCGAUCUUAAUGUUGCUUGUCAUUAUUGUUUUUAUUACUUACCUUCUGCUAAUUAGCCUAAUUUCAAGUCAACACAAAUACUCAACUUGCAAGAUUAGGAGUUUACAAAGGGGAACUAAAGAGGAGCAUCAUCAUGUAUUUUAAGCUGCCUCUCUUUUUGAUUUUAUGGUAAUUUAUCUCUUACAAUGUCUGCUUUCGCUCAAUGUCUUAGCAGUCUGCAUUUUGUGACAUGAUGGGCCGUUUGAAUAAGAUUAAAAAAAGUGCUUCUUGCUUAAAGUAAAAAAAAUGGAUUAGAAAUGAGAAGUAAAUUAAGACUUAUAAGUGAUUAAGCUGUUUGGGAAAGAAGUAGAAGUCCUGAAACAAAAGGCAGCGUUCUCAGCUUCUUGUAAGUGUUUCUGGCUUUUUACACAAACUAGUCAAGAAAAGUAGAAGGCGGCUUCUUAUCGAAAAAAGCCGGAAGUACUGUUUCCCAGACAGCAACGAUGUUGUGGUGAUUGUAUAUGAUUUGAAAUCUAGAGCUACAAGAUAUAAGCCGUAGAUUGCAUCAGCUGGAGAAAUUGUUGUAUUGUAUUGUGUUUUAAAUUUGAUAUAUUGUUAUGGAACAUAAACCAGUUGUGUUGAUGGAGCGCUAUGAGUUGGGGAGACUUUUAGGGAAAGGCACCUUUGCCAAGGUCUAUUUUGCAAGGAACAUUAAAACUGGCAUGAGUGUUGCCAUUAAGAUGAUUGACAAAGAAAAGGUUAUGAAGGUUGGGAUGAUUGAGCAAAUUAAAAGAGAGAUUUCAGUCAUGAGAUUGGUUAAACACCCCAACAUAGUGCAGCUUUACGAAGUUAUGGCUAGCAAAUCCAAGGUUUAUUUUGUAAUGGAACAUGUUAGAGGCGGUGAGCUGUUUAAUAAGGUGUCGAAGGGGAAGCUUAAUGAAGAUGCUGCAAAGAUGUAUUUUAAGCAGUUGAUUAGUGCUGUAGAUUUCUGUCAUAGUAGAGGAGUGUAUCACAGGGAUUUGAAACUAGAGAACAUAUUGUUAGAUGAGAAUGGGAAUAUUAAGGUCACAGAUUUCGGAUUGAGUGCUCUUGCUGAAUCAAAGUGUCAAGAUGGAAUGCUUCACACGACGUGUGGGACGCCUGCUUAUGUUGCUCCAGAAGUGAUUGGUAAAACAGGUUAUGAUGGAUGUAAAGCUGAUAUCUGGUCAUGUGGAGUGAUUUUGUAUGUUCUUCUGGCUGGAUAUCUCCCAUUCUAUGAUUCUAAUUUGAUAGAAAUGUAUAGGAAGAUUGUCAAGGCAGAGUUCAAGUAUCCCAGUAAAUUCCCAAUAGAAGCACGCAGAUUAGUAUCAAAGAUGUUGGAUCCAGAUCCGAGUACAAGAAUAUCCGUAACCAAGAUUAUGCAAAAACCUUGGUUCCAGAUAGGGUUCGACUCCAACACAAGAAAAGCUGAGACAGCAGAAAAAGAGCCUGAUGUUUUCAGCUCUUUAGAGAGUAGCAGCAACUUAUUAGAACGACCAGAACGAGACAAGCUAGGUGACCUAAAUGCUUUCGAUAUCAUCUCCCUUUCAGCAGGCUUUGACUUGUCAUGUCUAUUUGAGAAGAAGUAUCAAAAGAAGGAAUUAAGAAUAACAUCCAUGCAGCCACUCCAGACAAUCAUUUCUAAGUUUGAAGACAUAGCUAAAAAGCUAAGAUUGCAACUAACUAAGGAGGGAGGUCUGUUGAAAAUGGAAGGGUCAAGAGAAGGUCGAAAAGGUGUCUUGUCCAUUUAUGCAGAAAUCUUUGAGAUUACACCAGAUUUUCAUCUGGUUGAGGUCAAGAAGGCAAGGGGAGAUACCUUAGAGUAUCAGAAGGUGGUGACAGAGGACAUACAGCCAGCACUGAAAGACAUUGUCUGAACUUGGCAGGGUUACCUAUCAAAAUCUAACCAGUAGUAAUAAGAAACAGUGUCUCACAUCAGAGGAGUUAUUUUAAUAAUAAAACACAAUUACAAAGUAUGUUGUCGGAGUCCAUACAUUAAAAUUACAUCCUAAAUUAUUGGACACUAUUUUUACUCCUC